CACACGCGCAAUAGAUGUACCACCCAAACUAGUAUAUUUAGAUGUUGUUACUAGAUCUAGAAAGUUGGUGUUUGUUUUUUUUUCCACACAGUUCUUUGAGUUGAUGUAACGAUUGAUAAGCACAUUUAACGUAGUAGAUUUUUCAGCGUAAAAGCAAAAGCUACGAUUGUCCGAACGAAGCACAACUAACGGGUCGGUCGACGGGGGGCGCAGGGGCGAGCGAUCUUUCACGUGGUGGAAUAACAGUUGAACAAAUUAUUGUUUCUCCCCCCUUCCCCCCCCCCCUCUUUUUAUUUUAGCUCCCCCCCCCCUACUUUUUAUUUCUUUUUUUUCCUGGGGGCGGCGGCUUAAUAAAUAAAGCCCGCCAUAGGUGGCAGUGGACCAAAUUAGGAGUAGGUGUUACAGCGAAUGCACAGACCAUCUAGUGCCUGGGAGAUAGAGCUGGACAACAAAUUAAAGAAAUUUACUAAAGAAACUUCUAGAACAACAGUGGUCCCAAGUUUAUUAAGUUAGAAGCAAAUGCUGAUUAUGAAUUAGAAACUUGUUACAAAUUUGGAAGACGAGCAUUUAAGAGAAGCAAAAGCCUUUUGUCUAGCAGAAUACAUUAUUCUUUAGAGACUAUUCAGCCCACGAUUACAAUGGAACUUACUAUUGCUGCCAACUUAGCCCUUGUUUCUUGUAUCUAUUUGACACUUAUCACAAGCCCAGCCUCCGGAUACACAUGGAAGUGUAAAGGAAAAUGGUUUAUACACGCUUGCUUAGGAGGAAACGGUAAAAGGUCAGAUCCCAGCCUGAACACAGAAAACAACAUUCCCACAAGUCUUCUCCUUCGUAGAGUUCUGGAAUCAGAUCCACAGCAAAUCAAUCAGCUAUUAGGGGAGCGGAGCAGACCGGAGCUCUACGAAGAGAACCAGCUGACGUCAUUGGAAGAGCCGAGUUACAGAAGUGUGGCAGAAGGCGAGAUCAGCCAAUCGCCGAACGGGAAUAAAGUUGACCUUGAAACGAUGAGACGGUACCUUGAGGCUUUUAGACUUCAACGCGCCAUUCGCGAGAGCAGCGAAGACUUCCAGUGAUCUCAGGUGGCCAAGGGGGAGGUCAUUUCAGGAGCGCCAUUCGCAGUUACUGUUCUUUGUUUUCUUGUUCAUUCCUCGGGCAAGGGAGUACUGAGGAAUUCGUAUUGGCCCAAUGAAGUCACGUGACCCUAUUCCACUGUCAAACAAAUAAACUUUUUUUUUUCUUCAUGAAACUA